AUGCCUUACAAUGUUGACAUCCUGAAUGCGCCCCAUUUGAACCGGAUGUACAACUUAAGUCGGGGUCACGUUUAUUGUUGAAGAGGAAAGAUGUCUGUACUGACUUUAUUCAAUUUCAACGAUGCAAAAGAUAAUUUACAGUAAGAACUUAACUUCAAUACGAUGUAUUUCAGAGUCUAUUCUAUGUAUGAUUUAAAUUGUUUAUCACAUCUUUGUAGAAACGCUUACAAUACCUUUGCAAGCCAAGCAAUAUUUGUUAGACACGUUAGCUGGCUAGCUUAAGAACGUUAGCAGGUUAACGUGUAGUCUCAAGAAAAUACUAAGCUUUUAUAAUUUUUUCAAUUGUUAUAACUCUCAUCCAGGCCUCAACCAGAAGUGCGUUGGACAACAAAACCAGCAAACCUUUGUUAAACGCAUUCAACCAGAUCACUGGAAAGUAAGUGGAUAACGUUACAUAGCUAACGUUAUCUAGCUGUCUACAUUAAUUCAAUUAUCUCUAGGCAAUGCCUCUGUCCACCUCACCACUGACAUUGUCUGCCUGCUUGUCUCUCCACAGUGAUACAGAGAAGAAGACCACCCUUGACCAAGCUCUGAGGCAGGUCCUGGAGGAGCAGAUUGUAAGUUUAAAGAAGUGUAGCACAGUACCAGUCAAGUUUGGAUACACCAAGGGUUUUUCUUUAUUUUUACUAGUUUCUACAUUGUAGAAUAAUAGUGAGGACAUCAAAACUAUUAAAUAACACAUAUGGAAUCAUGUAGUAACCAAAAAAGUGUUAAACAAAUCAAAAUAUAUUUGAGAUUCUUCAAAGUAGCCAUCCUUUGCCUUGAUGACAGCGUUGCACACUCUUGGCAUUCUCUCAACCAGCUUCACCUGGAAUGCUUUUCCAACAAUCUUGAAGGAGUUCCCACAUAUGCUGAGCACUUUUGGCUGCUUUUCCUUCACUCUGCGGUCCAACUCAUCCCAAACCAGCUCAAUUGGGUUGAGGUCGGGUGAUUGUGGAGGCCAGGUCAUCAGAUGCAGCAAUCCAUCACUCUCCUUCUUGGUCAAAUAGCCCUUACACAGCCUGGAGGUGUGUUUUGGGUCAUUGUCCUGUUGAAAAACAAAUGAUAGUCCCACUAAGCGCAAAACAGAUGGGAUGGCGUAUCACUGCAGAAUGUUGUGGUUGCCAUGCUGGUUAAGUGUGCCUUGAAUUCUAAAUAAAUCACAGACAGUGUCACCAGCAAAGCCCCCUCACACCAUCACACCUCCUCCUCCAUGCUUCAUGGUGGGAACAACACAUGCAGAGAUCAUCCAUUCACCUACUCUGCGUCUCACAAAGACACGGUGGUUGGACUCAAAUUUGGACUCAUUAGACCAAAGGACAGAUUUCCACCGGUCUAAUGUCCAUUGCUCGUGUUUCUUGGCCCAAGCAAGUCUCUUCUUAUUAUUGGUGUCCUUUGGUAGUGGUGUCUUUGCAGCAAUUCGACCAUGAAAGCCUGAUUCACGCAGUCUCCUCUGAACAGUUGAUGUUGAGCUACUUGAACUCUGUUAACCAUUUAUUUGGGCUGCAAUUUCUGAGGAUGGUAACUCUAAUGAACUUAACCUCUGCAGCAGAGGUAACUCUGGGUCUUCCAUUCCUGUGGCGGGCCUCAUGAGAGCCAUUCAUCAUAGCGCUUGAUGGUUUUUGCGACUGCACUUGAAGAAACUUGAAAUUGUUCAUAUUGACUGACCUUCAUGUCUUAAAGUAAUGAUGGACUGUCGUUUCUCUUUGCUUAUUUGAGCUGUUCUUGCCAUAAUAUGGACUUGGUCUUUUACCAAAUAGGGUUAUCUUCUGUAUACCCCCCUACCUUGUCACAACACGACUGAUUGGCUCAAACAUACAUUCCACAAAUUGACUUUUAAGAAGGCACACCUGUUAAUUUAAAUGUAUUCCAGGUGACUACCACAUUAAGCUGGUUGAGAGAAUGCCAAGCGUGUGCAAAGCUGUCAUCAAGGCGAAGGGUGGCUAUUUGAAGAAUCUCAAAUAUAAAAUAUAUUUUGAUUUGUUUAACACUUUUUUGGUUACUAAAUGAUUCCAUAUGUGUUAUUUCAUAGUUUUGAUGUCUUCAAUAUUAUUCUACAACGUAGAAAAUAGUAAAAAUUAAGAAAAACCCUUGAGUAGGUGUUCUAAAACUUUUGACCGGUAGUGUGUGUGUGUGUGUGUGUGUGUGUAUAUAUAUAUAUAUAUAUAUAUAUAUAUAUAUAUAUUUUUUUUUCUCCUUUUUUUUCUUUUUUUUUUUUUUGUUAUAUACGUGUAUAUAUAAAUGCAACGUGUAAAAUGUUGGUCCAAUUUUUCAUGAGCUGAAAUAAAAGCUCCCAGAAAUGUUCCAUAUUCACAAAAAGCUUAUUUCUCUCAAAUUCUGUGCACAAUUUUGUUUACAUCCCUGUUAGUGAGCAUUUCUCCUUUGCCAAGACAAUCCAUCCACUUGACAGGUGUGGCUUAUCAAGAAGCUGAUUAAACAGCAUGAUCAUUGUGCUGGCGACAAUAAAAUGGCACUCUAAAAUGUGCAUUUUUUUCAAACAACACAAUGCCACAGAUGUCUCAAGUUUUGAGUGAGCAUGCAAUUGGCAUGUUGACUGCAGGAAUGUCUAACAGAGCUGUUGCCAGAAAUGUUAAUGUUAAUUUCUUGAUAAGCCACCUCUAGCGUCGUUUUAGAGAAUUUGGCAGUACAUCCAACCGGCCUCACAACUGCAGACCACGUGUAACCACUCCAGCCCAGGACCUCCACAUUUACAAUUACAUUUAACAUUUUAGUCAUUUAGCAGACGCUCUUAUCCAGAGCGACUUACAGUUAGUGAAUGCAUACAUGUUUUGUUUUUUUAUUCAUACUGGCCCCCCGUGGGAAACGAACCCACAUCCCUGCCGGCCAAACCCUUCCCUACCUUGGACGACGCUGGACCAAUUGUGCGCCGCCCAUGGGUCUCCCGGUCGCGGCCGGCUGCGACAGAGCCUGGACUCGAACACAUCCGGCUUCUUCACCUGCGGGAUAUACUGAGGAGGGGGAGUGGGGGUGCUGAGAAGUAAUUCUGUCUGUAAUAAAGCCCUUUUGUGCAGAAAAACGAAUUGUGAUUGACUGGGCCUGGCUCCCCAGUGGGUGGGCAUAUGCCCUCCCAGGCCCACCCAUGGCUGUGCCCCUGCCAAGUCAUGUGAAAUCCAUAGAUUAUGGCCUAUUUUAUUCAUUUCAGUUGACUGAUUUCCUUCUGUGAACUGUGUAACUCAGUCAAAUCUUUGAAAUUGUUGCAUGUUGCGUUUAUAUUUUUGUUCAGUAUAUUUAUAUGUAUGUGUAUAUAUGUGUGUUUUGUUUUGUUGUCACAUACACCUGAUAGGUGCAGUGAAAUGUAUUGUUUUACAGGGUCAGUCAUAGUAGUACGGCGCCCCUGGAGCAAAGUAGGGUUAAGUGCCAUGCUCAAGGGCUACCUGCCACCUAGCGGUUAGAGCGUUGGGCCAGCAACCGAAAGGUCGCUGGUUCAAAUACCCAAGCCAAUUUUUUUUGGAAAAAUCUGUCGAAGUAUACUGCUAGUACAUUAUCUUGCUUAUGCUCAAUAUGCUUCACCAAGAGUCAAGAGAAACAUUCUCCCUUUCUCUCCUUUUCUUUUACAGGUGGAAAAGAAAGCACUCGUUGAUGACUUCCUGUCUCUCAUCUAUCUCAGCAUUGAUGGAGUCACUGAAGGUAAGCAGCAGGCUGAACGUCACAUUAUAACAUCACUACAUCUACCUCUGUUUUACCUCCUUAGUAUUUCAUUGAUAUACAUGCUGGACAGCAAAUGAUGUAGUAAUUGUGUAGAAAAGUGUAGUAAAUUCACUGGUCCAUGCAGGUAUCUGCUCCGCCACCACUCCUUUCCUACUGUUGGGAGAUGUUCUGGACUGUCUUCCUCUGGACCAGUGUGAUAAGAUCUUCUCCUUUGUUGAAGAGAAUGUCUCCACCUGGAAGUCUGUAAGUAGCUUAGUCUGUGUUUCUCUGCGUUCUUAGAGUAACUGUCAAUGUUUACUUGAUGACAGGUUCCUUACUGAAUAUUUUUCCUUUUAGUUAUUGAGGAAAUACCACCAAUAUAACUUUCUCCUCUCUCACUUUCAGAACUCAUUUUACACUGCUGGGAAGAACUACUUGUUAAGGAUGUGUAAUGGUGAGGAUAAAGGCACACAUUAAGUUCACUUCCUGGCAGAUGGCUACCUGCCGGCUCUGUUUGUUGUUAUCUUGAUAUGUGCAGAUAUUCCAUCAUUAAACCCCAUCUUCUUACCCUGCAGAUCUUUUGAGGAGGUUGUCCAAGUCUCAGAACACAGUCUUCUGUGGACGGAUCCAGCUGUUCCUGGCUCGUCUCUUUCCCCUGUCUGAGAAAUCAGGUGAGAGGGUUACAUAGAUCUACAGGAACUGAAGUCAUUAAUGUUUUCUCAUGGAUGUGGACUUGUGGCCACCAGUAUGUUCCUCAUGUAUUCCUUUAUGUGUUUCAGGUCUGAACCUGCAGAGCCAGUUUAAUCUUGACAACAUAACAGUAUUCAACAAAAAUGAGCAAGAGAGCACUCUUGGCCAGAAGGUAAAUUCUAAGGAUUACAGAUACUAUAUAGUGUGUAAGCUGUUGAAUUAUAUUGUGUGUGUGUGUGUGUGUGUGCUGUUUAAUGUGUUUAUCAAUGAAUGAACACUCUCACUCUCUGUUCUGUGUUGUCUUCUACAGCCCACAGAGGAGAAAGAGGAUGGGAUGGAAGUGGAGGAGGGGGAGAUGGGAGAUGAGGAACCUAGUGCACCUGCUCCAUGGUAAGCAACAUGAGUCCUUGUUCCAUCUAUCACAAUGCUUGGAAUCAUCAGUGUUUAUUUUAUCAACAUAGCUAUUACACUGAUCCCUAUGCUGGCAAGUCUUGUAAGUUCGAUUACAGCUUGCUAAAACAAGUUGUCAUCUAUAACAUUGCUCUCUGUUUGUAGUUCCAUCCCUAUCGACUACAACCUAUACAGAAAGUUCUGGACUCUGCAGGACUACUUCAGAAACCCUGUUCAGUGUUAUGACAAGUUCUCCUGGAUGACUUUCCUCAAGGUGACUUUUCUGCCCUCACUCUUUCCCCCCAAAAUAGCUUUGGGCCAUUUCUUAUCUGACAUGACCCAUCUAUGGACAUCUACUAAAAGUAUGACACUUUGCUUUAAAACAUUUAUUGUUCAAAACUGUUAGUAUUCUGUAUGUCCUAUGAAGUAUCCAGAUGGGUGCUGGCCAUAUUUGUUUCUGUGAGAAGACACUGAAAAGUUGUUUGAGUUAAUGGAAAUGUUCUGUAUGUUGUCUGCAGUAUUCAGACGAGACGCUGGCAGUGUUUAAAAGCUUCAAGCUGGACGACAUGCAGGCUUCUAAAAGGAAGCUGGAGGAGCUGAGGACGGCAGGAGGAGACCACGUUUACUUUGCCAAGUUCCUCACCAGCGAGAAGGUGACAUCUCAACCUCUUCCAUCAAUUAAGAAUAGAGCAGAAUAGAGAUUGACUACAUUGCAGUGAGACUGCACAGUCACUGGUCUACAAAUCACCUUACAUCCCAAGUAACUACUCAUUAUGUGAUUGAGAUUAGGAAGUCUAUGCCUCGCCUUGCUCAAAUGGUUACCCUCAAAUACACUGACACAGUCUGUCCCUCUAGUUGAUGGACCUGCAGCUCAGUGACAGUAAUUUCAGACGACACAUCCUCCUGCAGUACCUUAUCCUGUUCCAGUACCUCAAGGGACAGGUCAAGUUCAAAAGGUGAGGUGGCCCAAGAAGAUGCCCCCCGUCCCACACCAUCAUACCCUAUGGCAGGUUGAAUGUAGUCUGAUUCAAUUUAGCAGUAGAAGAUGUAAUAGUGAAAUCAUAUUGUGAUUUGACUGCUGUUGGUCUCUUCACUGCCAACUCUCGUCCUGUUGCUGCAGCUCCAGUUGUAUCCUGAAUGAUGAUCAGUGUUCAUGGAUGGAGGAGACCACCAAAGUUGUGUACCAGGUGUGUGUGUGUGUUUUUCAUCUGAUAGAUUGUAAAUUACUGUUCUAUAUCUUUACUGUUUUAUAUCAUUAUAUCCUCUUGGUAUGAAUAGAUUGUUUUGAUAUCCUUGGAGAUUGAAAGUAGUGUUAGGUUCAAGCUCUUUGUGUAUGAGAAGUGUAAUUAUUUAGUGAACUAUAGGAAUAUGUGCUCCCAAUAACUCAAAGCCUCUCCUGACUGAUAAGUCUUAUGAUAUGCACGGAGAAAUCCUGGGUGAUGGGAAAAGUACUGACGUAUAUCUUUGCGGAAGGGAGGGUGUGAGAGCUUAGGUUAUAAGUGGACACUGCACUGUAUUGAAUGUACACCGUGGGCCCUGUGUAGCUCAGUUGGUAGAGCAUGGCGCUUGCAACGCCAGGGUUGUGGGUUCGAUUCCCACGGGGGGCCAGUAUGAAAACAAAAAAGAUAAAAAAUGUAUGCACUCACUAACUGUAAGUCGCUCUGGAUAAGAGAGUCUGCUAAAUGACUAAAAUGUAAAUGUAAAAUGUACACUACCAGUCAAAAGUUUGGACACACCUACUCAUUCAAGGGUUUUUCUUUAUUUUUACAUUGUAGAAUAAUAGUGAAGACAUCAACACUAUGAAAUAACACAUGGAAUCAUGUAGUAACCAAAAAAGUGUUAAACAAAUCAAAAUGCUGCCUUGAUGACAGAGUUCCCACAUAUGCUGAGCACUUGUUGGCUGCUUUUCCUUCACUCUGCCGUCCGACUCAUCCCAAACCAACUCAAUUGGGUUGAGGUCAGGGGAUUGUGGAGGCCAGGUCUUCUGAUGCAGCACUCAUCACGUUCCUUCUUGGUAAAAUAGCCCUUACACAGCCUGGAGGUGUGUUGGGUCAUUGUCCUGUUUAAAAUCAAAUGAUAGUCCCACUAAGCCCAAACCAGAUGGGAUGGCGUAUCACUGCAGAAUGCUGUGGUAGCCAUGCUGGUUAAGUGUGCCUUGAAUUCUAAAUAAAUCACAGACAGUGUCACCAGCAAAGCACCCCCACACCAUAACAACUCCUCCUCCAUGCUUUAUGGUGGGAACUACACAUGCAGAGAUCAUACGUUCACCCACACCGCGUCGCACAAAGACACGGCAGUUGGAACCAAAAAUCUCCAAUUUGGACUCCAGACCAAAGGACACAUUUCCACCGGUCGAAUGUCCAUUGCUCAUGUUUCUUGGCCCAAGCAGGUCUCUCCUUCUUAUUGGUGUCCUUUAGUAGUAGUUUCUUUGCAGCAAUUCGACCAUGAAGGCCUGAUUCACACAGUCCCCUCUGAACAGUUGAUUUUGAGAUGUGUCUGUGACUUGAGCUCUGUGAAGCAUUUAUUUGGGCUGCAAUUUCUGAGGCUGGUAAAUCUAAUGAACUUAUCCUCUGCAGCAGAGGUAACUCUGGGUCUUCCAUUCCUUCUGUAUACCACCCCUACCUUGUCACAACACGACUGAUUGGCUCAAAUGCAUUAAGAAGAAAAUAAAUUCCACAAAUUGACUUUUAAGAAGGCACACCUGUUAAUUGAAAUGAAUUCCAGGUGACUACCUAAUGAAGAUGGUUGAGAAUGCCAAGUGUGCAAAGCUGUCAUCAAGGCAAACAGUGGCUAUUUUGAAAAAUCUAAAAUAUAUUUUGAUUUGUUUAACACUUUUUUGGUUACUACAUGAUUUCAUAUGUGUUAUUUCAUAGUUUUGAUGUCUUCACUAUUAUUCUACAAUGUAGAAAAUAGUAAAAAAUUAAGAAAAACCCUUCAAUGAGUAGGUGUGUCCAAACAUUUGACUGGUACUGUAUGUAUUCAGCUGUACAUCUUUGCUGAGUAAACAUUUGAAACGUCACUGAGUUUGGGCUCUUUUGUAUGAUACAUGUGUUUAUUGUAUAUUCAGAUAUUGCUAUUUUUAUCACCUGUCUAACUUGUUCCCUGUAGCUUCUCAGAGAGAUCCCACCGGAUGGAGACAAGUUUGCCGCCAUGGUCGAGGUAAGACUAGUCUGAAUAUUCUGUAUUCCGUAAGUCUGUGUAGUUCCUGCUAGUUCACAUGUUUUAUUAGUGACAUCACAACAUAUAGCCUGCUGUGUGAUAAGUCAAGGUUGACAGGGUAAGGGUUAUUGAUGACAAUGAAAAGUUCCCUCUCAUAUUUUGACAGCAUGUCCUAAACACAGAGGAGAACUGGAACUCGUGGAAAAAUGAGGGAUGCCCAAGCUUUGUGAAGGACAGGUAUGGCAGCAGAAUUCAACAACCUAAUGUUCAUGAAAAUAUUAUUGUCAAGACAAAGUCCAAAUUGAAAAUGUAUAUCAUACAUUAAAGUGAGGAAUAUAUAUACAGUGCCUUCAGAAAGUAUUCACACCCCUUGACCUUUUUCACAUUUUGUUGUGAUUUUUGAAUGACUACCUCAUCUCUGUACCCCACACAUACAAUUAUCUGUAAGGUCCCUCAAUCGAGGAGUGAAUUUCAAACACAGAUUCAACCACAAAGACCAGGGAGGUUUUCAAAUGCCUGGCAAAGAAGGGCACCUAUUGGUAGACUGGUAAAAAGCAGACAUUGAAUCUCCCUUUGAGCAUGUCGAAGUUAUUAAUUACAUUUUGUAUCAAUACACCCAGUCAUUACAAAGAUACAGGUGUCCUUCCUAACAUAGUUGCCGGGCAGGGAGGACACCACUCAGGGAUUUCACCAUGAGGGCAAUGGUGACUAAAACAGUUAGUUUAAUGGCUGUGAUAGGAGAAAACUGAGGAUGGAUCAACAACAUUGUAGUUACUCCACAAUACUAACCUAAUUGACAAAGUGAAAACGUGCAUCCUGUUUGCAACAAGGUACUAAAGUAAUAAUGUCCUAAAUACAAAGUGUUAUGUUUAGGGCAAAUACAAUACAAUACAACACAUUACUGAGUACCACUCUCCAUAUUUUCAAGCAUAGAGGUGGCUGCAUCAUGCUAUGGGUAUGCUUGUAAUCAUUAAGAAAUUGAGAGUUUUUCAGGAUAAAAAACAAACAAACAGAAUGGAGCUAAGCACAGGAAAAAUCCUAAAGGAAAACCUGGUUCAGUCUGCUCUCCACCAAACACUGGGAGAUUAAUUCCCCUUUCAGCAGGACAAUAACCUAAAACACAAGGCCAAAUCUACACUGGUGUUGCUUACCAAGAAGACAGUGAAUGUUCCUGAGUGGCUGAGAAUUUUGGAAAGAAUAAUGGGCAAAUGUUGCUCAAUCCAGUUGUGGAAAGCUCUUAGAGAUUUACCCCCAAAAUACUCACAGCUGUAAUUGCUGCCAAUGCCAAAGAUACUUCUACUAAGUAUUGACUAAGGGGUGUGAAUACUUGUUUAAAUAAGAUCUUUCUGUAUUUCAUUUUCAAUACAUUUUCAGACCAGUAGAUGACAAACCCAAGAGACCCAUGAGGAAGAGACAAGCUCCAGAAGACUUCCUAGGUAAAGGCCCUGACAGGAAGGUUUUCAUGGGGAAGUAAGUAGCAAUCCUAACCUAAUAAUAACAAUAAUAAUAAUUUGGUGGGUGCUUGUAAUGUACAAUAAUAAUUUAUUCAACUUCUAUAGCGCUUUUCAUUACAGAAAGAAUCUAAAAAAUUGGACAUUUAGUGCAUAUCCCAACUCUGUAUGGCAAUGAUAACUGGGACAGAAUAGUAAUGUGUUUCCCAAAACCAUAGUUGGUUUAGGAAAGUUGAGGUAUGCCAGUUGGAUUAUUUACAAUGUCUAGCCCUCACAUUGGAGCCUAAUGAAAAUGGCAAGAAAUGGCAUGUUGCCAAUAUAGGGGACGAGUGACAAAGUUUCCCUUGAAUUUGGCUUUGCCAAAACUCAUGUGUUUGUUUUCUUGCAGUGAUGAACUCACGAGACUGUGGAAUCUGAACCACAACAAUAUGGCAGCUUGCCAGUCAGAUAGCAGGUGAGUGGUUUUACAGCGGUGGUGCAGCUGGUCAAAGUUACAUAGCCCACCUACCUACAUGUAAGGUUUUGGUGUAUAACUUCUACCUUUUUAGUUUUCACCCAGUUAUUAACGUUAAAGGAGAAUUGAGCUUUUCUACAACCAAAUCUAAAAAAUAUAUGUAAAUGGUAUAUUAUAGAAGGGUCCAGACACUUUGUGGAAUGGUAUCAAAUACAUCAAACAUAUGGUUUCCAUGUGUUUGGUGACAUUCCAUUUACUCCAUUUUGGACAUUAUUAUGAGCCGUUAUCCCCUUAGCAGCCUCCUGUGGUCUGGACCAAUGUUCCCUCUAAGCUGCGCGUGGGCUCGCAUCUCCCCAGGACUGCCGUGCAAAAUAAAUAUCAGCCCGCGCAGAGAAGCACGAGAUUGAACUUAACUCAACUUGUUUUUUUUUAACCUUUAUUUAACUAGGCAAGUCAGUUAAGAACAAAUUCUUAUUUAAAAUGACGGCCUACACCGGCCAAACACGGACGAUGCUGGGCCAAUUGUGCGCCGCCCUAUGGGACUCACAAUCACGGCCGGUUGUGAUACAGCCUGGAAUGGAACCAGGGGGUCUGUAGUGAUGCCUCAAGCACUGAGAUGCAGUGCCUUAGACCACUGCGCCACUCGGGAGCCCUAGAGUUUGCCCCCUUAGUUUUACUACUAUCAACGUUUCCCUUUACUGUGGGAAUUGUGAUCGAAUCAAUGCAAUAUUAGCCACUUUCAAUGCAACAUACGAAACAAAACUAACUAUGCAAGAGAUUUUGUUGUAGGCAUCGGAGUAGUAUUGUAUUGAUACACACAACUCAACCCGUACUCUACACAGACCGGUGCGGUAUAACCAAUCAGAGCUGCAGUAGCCCUAUAUGCAAAUAGACAAGUGCCAUAUACAGUGGGGGAAAAAAGUAUUUAGUCAGCCACCAAUUGUGCAAGUUCCCCCACUUAAAAAGAUGAGGGGGCCUGUAAUUUUCAUCAUAGGUACACGUCAACUAUGACAGACAAAUUGAGGGAAAAAAAUCCAGAAAAUCACAUUGUAGGAUUUUUAAUGAAUUUAUUUGCAAAUUAUGGUGGAAAAUAAGUAUUUGGUCACCUACAAACAAGCAAGAUUUCUGGCUCUCACAGACCUGUAACUUCUUCUUUAAGAGGCUCCUCUGUCCUCCACUCGUUACCUGUAUUAAUGGCACCUGUUUGAACUUGUUAUCAGUAUAAAAGACACCUGUCCACAACCUCAAACAGUCACACUCCAAACUCCACUAUGGCCAAGACCAAAGAGCUGUCAAAGGACACCAGAAACAAAAUUGUAGACCUGCACCAGGCUGGGAAGACUGAAUCUGCAAUAGGUAAGCAGCUUGGUUUGAAGAAAUCAACUGUGGGAGCAAUUAUUAGGAAAUGGAAGACAUACAAGACCACUGAUAAUCUCCCUCGAUCUGGGGCUCCACGCAAGAUCUCACCCUGUGGGGUCAAAAUGAUCACAAGAACGGUGAGCAAAAAUCCCAGAACCACACAUGGGGACCUAGUGAAUGACCUGCAGAGAGCUGGGACCAAAGUAACAAAGCCUACCAUCAGUAACACACUACGCCGCCAGGGACUCAAAUCCUGCAGUGCCAGAUGUGUCCCCCUGCUUAAGCCAGUACAUGUCCAGGCCCGUCUGAAGUUUGCUAGAGUGCAUUUGGAUGAUCCAGAAGAGGAUUGGGAGAAUGUCAUAUGGUCAGAUGAAACCAAAAUAGAACUUUUUGGUAAAAACUCAACUCGUCGUGUUUGGAGGACAAAGAAAUGCUGAGUUGCAUCCAAAGAACACCAUACCUACUGUGAAGCAUGGGGGUGGAAACAUUAUGCUUUGGGCCUGUUUUUCUGCAAAGGGACCAGGACGACUGAUCCGUGUAAAGGAAAGAAUGAAUGGGGCCAUGUAUUGUGAGAUUUUGAGUGAAAACCUCCUUCCAUCAGCAAGGGCAUUGAAGAUGAAACGUGGCUGGGUCUUUCAGCAUGACAAUGAUCCCAAACACACCGCCCGGGCAACGAAGGAGUGGCUUCGUAAGAAGCAUUUCAAGGUCCUGGAGUGGCCUAGCCAGUCUCCAGAUCUCAACCCCAUAGAAAAUCUUUGGAGGGAGUUGAAAGUCCGUGUUGCCUAGCGACAGCCCCAAAACAUCACUGCUCUAGAGGAGAUCUGCAUGGAGGAAUGGGCCAAAAUACCAGCAACAGUGUGUGAAAACCUUGUCAAGACUUACAGAAAACGUUUGACCUGUGUCAUUGCCAACAAAGGGUAUAUAACAAAGUAUUGAGAAACUUUUGUUAUUGACCAAAUACUUAUUUUCCACCAUCAUUUGCAAAUAAAUUCAUUAAAAAUCCUACAAUGUGAUUUUCUGGAGAAAAAAAAUCUCAUUUUGUCUGUCAUAGUUGACGUGUACCUAUGAUGAAAAUGACAGGCCUCUCAUCUUUUUAAAUGGGAGAACUUGCACAAUUGGUGGCUGACUUAAUACUUUUUUUCCCCACUGUAUGGAUCUGUGCCAUUCACUUUGAACUGGACUGUGUUUACAGCAUGAGCGGUCGUGAGUAGAUGCGCUUGUUUUGAGAUCAAAGAGCUGCAUGUAUCCAUGUGUGCACAUUUGUUUAUAUCCUUUGCUAGUUAGUGAGUUAUUAGCCCAGUUAUAAAGAAUUUGUAGUCAGCAAUAGGGGAGUGAUUGCUUCCUAUAAGAGCACAAAACAAAACUCUUUGAAAUGCGAGUCGGGUAAAGAGCUCUUUUAUGUCUUAAAGGGGCAGUAUUGUAUUUUGAGACAGGCUUAAGCUAAGUAACCAAUAGGCAGAGGGUAGCAUAAUUUGUCUAAUUCUCUGUAAUAAUGAUAUGGGAAUAAUAAUGCAUUUUAUUUUUCUAAACACAACAUUUUCAGUCACCUCCUUGUCUGAAGGACAAGUGGAUAAACAGGUUAAUGUCAAGCCCUGCAUGUCUCAUGGAAUGUAGGCCUACAUUGAACACCACACAUUGGCUGCUACUGUAGGCUAAAUGAUAGAACAGCUAUUUCCAUGUUAAAAUGUUAUGGGAUACAUUUCCUCCAUUGUUUUUGAUGUUAGGCUGCUCUGGUAGGCUUACAUUAUGAUCUAAUAGCCACAGCAGCCUACUUGACCACUGUCUGAAACGGUAACUUAAAGCGGGUGCAGCCUCAGUGUUGACAGUAAACGCAUGCUGGAAGUUAUACAGAAUUUUCCCAACUUUCAAGUUUGCGCUCAGCAGACCAGACAUUUGCUCUGUCCUGGAAAGAAAUUUGACGGAACAUUGUUCUGGACCCUUCAAAAAAAAAAAAAUACGUAUCCUUUAACCCUACAUGUUCAUGUCUUGUCCACAGGGAGUUCAUGCCUACUCUGGAGGAGUUCUUUGAAGAGGCCAUUGAACAAGCUGACCCAGCCAACAUGGUGGAAAACGAGUACAAGUACGUGUAUACACUGAGUGUACGAAACAUUAGGAACACCUGCUCUUUCCAUGACAGACUGACAAGGUGAAAGCUAUGAUCCCUUAUUAAUGUAACCUGUUAAAUCCACUUCAAUCAGUGUAGAUGAAGGGGAGGAGACAGGUUAAAUAAGGAUUCUUAAGCCUUGAGUAACUUAUUUGUGUAUGUGUGCCAUUCAGAUGAAUGGGUAAGACAAAAUAUUUUAAGUGCCUUUGAACAGGGUAUGGUAGUAGGUGCCAGGUGCACAAGUUUGAGUGUGUCAAUAACUGCAACGCAGCUGGGUUUUUUAUGCUCAACAGUUUCCUGAGUGUAUCAAGAAUGGUCCACCACCCAAAAGGACAUCCAGCCAACUUGACACAACUGUGGGAAGCAUUGGAGUCAACAUGGGACAGCAUCCCUGUGGAGUGCUUUUGACACCUUGUAGAGUCCAUGCUUCAAUGAAUUGGGCAAAAUGGGGUGCAACUCAAUGUUAGGAAGGUGUUCCUAAUGUUUUGUACACUGUGGAUAAGUGUAAUGGAACUGUUGAUUGUCUAAUUUCCUAAGACCUAUCCAGUGGUGUCAAGAAAGAUUCUGCCAUGUGAAAGUGUUCUGGUUCAAUAUUCUCCACUCACCACUCUCUAUCCUGUAGGGUGGUGUGUAACUCAAACUAUGGCUGGCGAGCCCUGCGUCUGUUGUCUAGGAGGAGUCCCCACUUCUUCCAGCCCACCAACCAGCAGUUCAAGAGCCUGGCCGACUACCUGGAGAGCAUGGUCAUCAAACUGGCCAAGGAGCUGCCGGUGAGUUGUCUGGUCUGGCUGGAACUAUGGGUGCUUGGAUACUCAAACAUUUUAUGACUUACGCAAGGGUCCCCUUGGGAGCAUAGGGUGUCCACCAUGGGAGAAUCUCAAUUGCAUACUCCUCGCGUCCUUCUCACAACCUAUUGGAGGAGAAGGUCGGAGGGGAGAGGGGACGCAAUGAGAAUGCAAUUGAGAUGUUCCCCAUGUCUCCACCUCACUCUUGAUGGAUUGGAUCCCCUUUGCCCUGUCAUCACAGAAGGACCUCCCUUCUGAGGAGAUAAAGACAGGAGAGGAAGACUAUGAAGACAACGGCGACACCCUUCUCAAAGAGAGCAACGACAGUGAGUUCUAGCGUAAAACUAAAGUGUAGAGCUUCUAGAUAUGAGUAGUUGUAAAAUCAAAGCUCCAGUUGGAAUGUAGAUUACUUCCCCCUGUUUUUGUUAAUAUGUUUUUGAUUUUACAAAAACAUCACCUAAUUCCUUCAUUUUUGUGAGCCCCCAGGUCCGAGCAUGCAGACCAAGCUGGUGUCUAACCAGCAGAUGGAUGACAUAGCAGCCAAGCUGGGUGCCCAGUGGAAGACCCUGGCUGGCCAGCUGGAGAUAAAAGCAGCGGAGAUCCGGGAGAUUGAGACAGACAGCGAGGACGUGGACAUGCAGGCCAAGCUGCUGCUGGUGGCCUGGCAGGACCGUGAGGGGACACAGGCCACCGUCGAGAGCCUUGUUCCAGCACUCAAUGCUGCUGGCUUCCCCAAGAUCGCAGACAUCCUGAACGAGACAUAG